UCCCUCAACCUCAAAUGUUACAGCAACAAUUUUCUGGAUUGUCGAUGGUUCCUAGUGUGUCUCAAUAUUCCUCUGUUCCUGCUAACUCUGGGAUAUCUGUAAUGCCUGGUAUGGUGCCAUUUACGCAACGAAUGAUGCCGCAACAGAAUCCACAGCAACAAUAUAGCACCGCCGGAUUACAGGGAAAUGCUAAAAUUCCGUGGGCUGUGACACAAGAAGAAAAGAAUCAAUAUAGAACAAUAUUCCGGCAAUGGGAUUCGACAGGGUUGGGGUAUUUAACGGAAAUUCUUUCUCAAUCUGGUUUACCUCAAAGUGAUCUAAUGCAAAUAUGGAAUUUAUCCGAUCCUAAUAAUAAUGGAAAAUUAAAUCAAGAUGAAUUCGCAGUGGCUAUGCAUUUGAUUUAUAGAAAACUUAAUGGUUAUGAUAUACCCGCUACACUUCCUCCGGAACUUAUUCCACCGUCUUCAAGGGAGUUAAACGAAAGUCUGGACUUAAUUAAAAGCAUGCUAACUUCAGACGUAAAUACGCAAGCGAUGUUAAAUUCUCAACCUGGUGCUCAAUAUGUGAAAUCUAGAAGUUUCACCAGUACACCUACAAUUGAAUACAAUGAUGCGGUUGUAUACAAACAUAAGGAUGAUGAUGUUGGUUAUGUUUCUGCUGCGAGGCAUCGUGUUCCUUCAGUACCUCGUGAUCGAUCGCCAUCAUUUUCCUUAUCAACUUCUAUAUCUGAAUCUGGCGACAGGGAUGAUUUAUCAGGAAAAUUAUCAAGAUUAAAAAAGGAUAUUCAUGAAAAGAAAAUUUUAUUAGAAGCGUUGUCAUAUUCAGCUAAUUCAGUUCCAACAUCUUAUGAUCGUUCUUAUUCUAGUGAGUCUUCUGACAUAAGUGAUUACAAAUUCAAGAUCAAAGAACUUCAACGAAAAAUAGUUGAUUUACAAAAUUCUACUCCUGAAUGGCUUUCAAGAGAUUUUACUAGAAACACCGAUGAACUAAAUUCUUUGUUGGAUCAACAUCGUAAUUUAGAUUACGAAUUGAACAAUAUGCUUUCCAGUAUUGUUCCAGAUUUAAUUUAUAAGGUUAGAGAAACAAAUAAUAAAGUGGCUGACGCCAAACUAGAACUUUUUAAACUUAGAGAUGAGCGGGAAGGGGGUUCAAAAAUUAUUGGAACAGGUCCUGGGGGUGCUAUUACUGAGGCUGAUAAAAUUAAGGCGAAGGCACAGGCUAUGUUACAAGACCAUGUGGUGC